AUGGCAUCCACACCGUCUUAUUUACAGUCUUUAAAUACUCAGCAGCGACUGAGCGUUGAGUCUGACCAUAAGUAUACGCAAAUUUUGGCAGGUCCCGGUUCAGGAAAAACGCGUGUUUUGACUUCCCGAGUUGCUUACCUGUUACAAGUUGCAAACUGUAAUCCUCGAGAUCUAAUAGUUGCGACUUUCACCAAUAAAGCAGCAAACGAAAUUAAGCAAAGGAUCCACACUCUCCUUGGAAACGAGAAGUCUUCCAAAAUAGUAUCUGGAACAUUUCAUUCUAUUGCCUAUAAGUACUUGUCUGUAUAUGGAAAGCACAUUGGACUAAGUUCAAAGUGGUUAGUGGCUGACAGAAGCGAUGCAAAAUCCAUAGUUAAGCGGUUGUUGACGACUUUAAAAAAGGCAGAUAAUACAUUAGCUAGUGGAAUUCGUGGACAAGAAUUAACACCCGAGAAUGUCUUAACCAGGAUAUCGAAAAUGAAAUCAUCCGGAUUACUUGCAAAGUCUGAUAGUCCUGAACUCGUUUUACUACCAGGAAUGGAUACUCCACCGCCCGAACUACAAAGUUAUCAAUCCACCGAGCUUUACAAGCUAUAUCAAACAACACUGAGAAAAACCAAUUUAAUGGACUUUGACGAUCUUCUAUUACAUUUUAUCCUUUUGCUUCAAACGUAUCCAUCGUGUAUAGCGAAUAUUAAACAUAUUCUAAUUGACGAAUUUCAAGACACCAGCAGGAUUCAAUAUUAUUUAUUAAAGCUCUUAUCCCAAAACGAUACAGCCAUUACUAUUGUCGGCGAUCCCGAUCAAUCGAUUUACGGUUUCCGAAGUGCUGAAAUAGAAAACUUAAAUAGAAUGAAAAAGGAUUUCCAAGGGACACAGAUACUAAACUUAGAAAUGAACUACCGGUCUGCGCAUUGCAUUUUGGAAUUAGCUCUCUCGAUUAUAUCCCAAGACAAAACAAGGCCGCAGAAAGAUAUCAGGAGUGAUUAUUCAAUGUCCUUAAGGCCAUCUUACCGCACCUUUGAAACCAAUCAGAAAGAAUCUUAUUGGAUUGCUUGUGAAAUAAAACGUAUCGUGGAAUGUUGUCCCCAAUUAUUUACAUAUGAUGAUGUAGCCAUUCUAGUAAGGUCGUCGAGUUUGACUAGAAGUUUAGAACAUGCCUUGACGGAAGUUGGUGUGUCGUAUAGAAUGGUGGGAGUUCAUAAGUUCUUUGACAGAGAAGAAGUACGCGAUAUGGUAGCUUAUGCGAGAGUGAUUGCCAAUCGAGAUCCAACAUCGUUAAUUCGAAUCCUUAAUACUCCCGCUAGAAAUAUCGGAAAGACAAAGAUUGAUCGUCUUCUCGAAGAGACUGAACGGCGAAACCUUCCACUCUGGCAAACCCUAGUUCAGGUAAGCGAAAACUAUAUUCUCCUAUCUCAAAGACAAGACAAAUCAUUUUUAAAGUCUUUAAAGACUUUUAUUGGAUUGAUAGAAGACCUCGACAGAGAAUCGCAUGAUAAAGAUAAGUCGGUUAGCGACUUAUUAUCUUCUGUUUUGCGUGAAAUCAAAUAUUAUGACUUUCUACGCAAAAAGAAUCCAGAGACAUAUGACGAAAAAUGGGAUAAUGUGAUGGAAUUGGUUCAUCAAAGCGACGUUCUUGCUCAACAAGAAGAAGUGAGUUUAAUAGAGGAAGGACCCCAAGAGAUUCCUCUUCAUAAGUUCCUUGCACAUGUCACUUUAGCAAGCAACGAUAAAGAAGAAGACAAAUCUUCAAAGGUUACCAUUUCUACCUUACAUGCUGCAAAAGGCUUGGAAUGGCCAGUCGUUUUUCUCCCUUGUGUUUGUGAAAAUAUAAUUCCUCACUCACGUUCAGACGACGUUGAUGAAGAAAGAAGGUUACUCUAUGUGGGUAUAACACGUGCACAAGCUUUAUUAUAUAUAUCGUCAUUUCAAGGUUCAGUCGGAUCCUACAGUGAUGCUGAGAGUUUUAGCUCCAAGCAGGAUAUUAGCAGUUUUCUGAGAAGCUAUGAGACAACAAAGUAUUUAUCAGAACAAGAUAUUGUAUUCAAUAAUCAGCUAGCUUCUGAAAUCAGUAUUAUAUUGAAUCGGAAGGAGUACGGCACCGUUAAAAACAUUAGCAUACAAGAUAUAAAUGAGCGAUCAAAUAAGGCACAUCAGAACGAAAUAAUAUAUACAGAUAAGCCAGCUUUCGUGUGUUCUCGUUCAUUAGCGGAAACGGAAUUAAAGAAAAGAGUUAGGGAUCAAGAAUUCAUGGGAGUUCCUGACGAGCCAUCUGAAAAAGAAAAUGCGUCAAAAAGAAAAGGAAACGUUGAUAUAAGAGAGUUCUUUUCAAAGAAGGAAGACCCUCGGUUGGGAUUAAACAUAGGCAAAACCGACUUUUCCUAUCAACAACAAAAGCAGACGUUAGUGAACAACGGUUCAAACAAUAGACUUCAUGGAAUUUCGGUAAAAGAUAUAGGGAAAAGAAAGAUACCAAGAAGAACUAUCUCAACUGAGAAACCUGCAAAAUAUGAAGAAGCCAGCUCUUUUUCUAGUCCAAGCACAAAUAAGCAAUCCACGCAUUCUCUCAUCAAUGAGGAAAAGGAACAGUUGAAGGAUAUAAAAACGAGUGAAAGGGAGUCAGCGAACGAGAAUACUUCUAAAAACCCAUUACAAAUAUCUCAAGCUCCGAGAAAGAAGCGAUUAGGAGUAAGGCUUCGUGUUUCCCGGAUGCUGUAA